ACAUAACCAUCAAAUAUCAAAACUUUCAAACAUUGCAUGCUGUUAGUUGUUUCACCUCGUGUUCAUAGUAAAAUAAAUCUGGGUGAUAUUUUAUGUUCUAAUUUCUCAAUAAAAACAUCUUUAAUUGGAGUACCGUAUUAAUACUUAACUUAUGAUGUAAUAGUGUUGAACAUUUUUCAUUUUUACUCUUAAACUUACUAGUUCAAACCCUCAUCAGAUCUUUCUAAAAUGACUGCUUUUAAGAAAACAAAUACUCAACUUUUUACAAAACCCAGGGCAUUAUCUACAGAAGACAAUGAUUAUUGGAAUCAAUUUGGUGUCCCCGCUCUACUGAAAGAGUUUGGAGCGAUCGAUUAUGUUGACUUUUCUCCGUUAGAACCUCAUCCUUUUGCUGUUACCUGUUCUGUUCGAGUUCAACUGUACAACCCAAUAACGAGAAGUGUUGUUAAGAAUUUGAACAAAUUCAAAGAGACAGCAUAUGGUGGCUCGUUCCGUUCUGAUGGUCUGUUAUUGGUUGCUGGAGGGGAGGAGGGUGUGCUCCGACUCUUCGAUGUCAGCUCUAAAGCAUUGAUGAGAGUUUUCAAAGGACAUACGGCACCGACUCAUCGUGCCUUUUUCACAUCAGACAAGACGCACCUGGUCAGUUUUUCUGACGACAAAACAGUGUCAACCUGGGAUAUCCCUUGUGAGACGAGGCUCAAUACGUUUACAGGCCAUACUGAUUACAUCAGAGCUGGCGCUGUAUCGUCGGUUUCCCCGAGCGUAAUUCUUUCGGGCUCUUACGAUGGCACAGUGCGUAUGUACGAUUAUCGAACAAAAGAUGAUGCGAUAUUCACAGCCAAUCACGGUGCUCCUGUCGAAUCGUUGCUCUUCCUACCUUCUGGAGGAAUAUUCCUAUCAGCUGGUGGCAAUGAAGUGCGAGUGUGGGACGCGUUCGCGGGCGGCAGGCUGUUGUCGAAGAUGUGCCACCACCACAAAACAGUCACCAGCCUCUGCUUGGCAUCAAACGGAACCCGAAUCCUGUCCGGCUCGCUCGACCGCCAUGUCAAAGUCUACAAUGUGUCAACCUACCAGCCAGUGCAUACAUUCGACUAUCCCAAUUCCAUCCUCAGUGUAGGAAUCAGUCCGAACGAUGAAACCCUUGUUGUUGGAAUGGUUGAUGGACUCAUAUCAGUAAGAAGACGUGGAACAGAAGUGGCAGUAUCCGAAAAAGUGACUAAGAAGAAAACAAACUACAGGUUUGCAGGAGAUAAUUACCGUUUGAACAACCAUGUAGAUGUAGUGGUGCCAUCUGAAAAGAUGACAGAAAAAACUCAUGAUAGAUAUUUUAGGACUUUCAAAUAUUCGAGUGCCUUGGCCUAUGGUCUGAACAGCUCUAAGGUCAAACCUCCCGUGACUGUGUCCAUUUUCCAGGAACUUAUAAGACGGAAAGGUUUCCACCAAGCAAUUGCUGGAUCGGAUUCUGCUACCAUCAAUAGAUUCAUCAAAUUUGUUUGGAAACACCUGGGAGAUUAUCGAUUUACCAGAACACUUAUCGAUGUAACAAAUAUAUUCCUCGAUGUUUAUGAUGAUGACAUUGGCAGCUUUGAUGAAAACAACAAGAAGCACAUUGAAGAGCUGAGACGACGCGUGAAGAAAGAGACCGAGUUCACGUACAAGCUGGCAACACUGCAAGGCUCGCUGCACAUGCUGCUGUCGGCUGCUUCCAUAAGAAACCACCUGGCUCAACAGAACACCGCCGUCGCCACCUCCUCGCUAGAGCCCACCCAAGCUGCACUCGAAACAAUAGUUUUCAAUGUUACCUGAUUUCGUAAAUAUAGAUUUUAUUCUUCUACUUUUUAAAA